GAUUUCGGCGACUUUCCCGGUCGCCAGGCAGGAGUUUCUCUCGGUGACUACUAUCGCUGGCAUGUCUGGUCGUGGCAAGCAAGGAGGCAAGGCCCGCGCCAAGGCCAAGUCGCGCUCGUCCCGCGCUGGCCUUCAGUUUCCGGUAGGGCGAGUGCAUCGCUUGCUGCGCAAAGGCAAUUACGCGGAGCGAGUGGGGGCCGGCGCGCCCGUCUACAUGGCUGCGGUCCUCGAGUAUCUGACCGCUGAGAUCCUGGAGCUGGCGGGCAACGCGGCUCGGGACAACAAGAAGACGCGCAUCAUCCCUCGUCACCUCCAGCUGGCCAUCCGCAACGACGAGGAACUGAACAAGCUGCUGGGCAAAGUCACCAUCGCCCAGGGCGGCGUCUUGCCUAACAUCCAGGCCGUACUGCUCCCUAAGAAGACGGAGAGUCACCACAAGGCAAAGGGCAAGUGAGGCUGACGUCCGGCCCAAGUGGGCCCAGCCCGGCCCGCGUCUCGAAGGGGCACCUGUGAACUCAAAAGGCUCUUUUCAGAGCCACCCACGUUUUCAAAUAAAAGAGUUGUUAAUGCUG